AUGAAUCCUCUGCAAUAGCUUUACCUCUAGGCAAUCAUCAAACAUUAGGAGCAAGAGAAGGUGAAGUAAGAAGAACAAGUCUCAAAAUAAAGUCAUGAGAUUCUGCAAUAGCAGCAACUCCUUUCGUUAAUGUAAUACACUCCCAACAACCUUAUGGAAAAAAAGGCAUGGACUCUAAUUGAUAUUCAAAAUAGAGUUACCUAAUACUUUUAAUAAUAAGUGUUGAGAAAGUAAGUUGUAACCAUCGCAAAUUGCAUUGAAUACCACUUGCCCUAUUUUCUGAAUGUGUUGGCCAAUUUGAUCAUCCAUGGAUUGGAUAAAAUAUAGGGAGAAAUAGAAUAGAUCUCCUUACUUAAGGCUUAAUACAUUGCCUAGCCAACCAGAAUUACAAUGAGUAGUUCCUUAUUCUAAACACUGUCCUUAUUAUUGAGAUCUUAACUUGUAUCAUUUGAUAAAGGUACACAAUACCUUUCCAAAUUCCUAGUAUUCAGAGAUGACUUUUCUGAUAUAUUCUUCAACACUCUCUACCAGUAUUCGAUAUCAUCCAAUUAACAAGUGAGUCAACAAUUGAGUUUCACCUAACUCAAUUCAAUGAUCAAGAAGGUGCCUGAAGAUGUCUGGGGAACCUUUAUUUUCAAGAUGCUUAGUUAACAACAAUAGAAGUUGAACAAGGAUUAAUUCUUAGUCCAAUUCAAUCAGUACACAGUCAACAUGAACAAUUUCUUCAAAAAGUCCAAUCUGAUUUUUGAUGUUGUCGAAAACUCAGUCAAGCAAACCGCUUAGAUGCACAACGAUUCCAUCUUCUAAGAGUAUCUCUUAAUUAUGGGAAGUUUCAAAGCAACUACACAAGACUUUCUUAAAAAGGCCACUAGUGUAUAUUUUGAAGACCAGAAUGACGAGAUCGAUUUAAAUGAAUUCAACAUCAGAACUCAAAAAAUCCACAAAUAGAUGAAUUGUUCUCUCCUAUACAUUCUACCAAUGUUAUUGCAGAUUGAGAGUCACAUGAUUGAUAUGAUUCAAUAGGAUAGAUAUAAUGAUAACUCCCAAGUCAAAAAUAGUUCCAAUUACUAUUUGAAGAUGAUUGAGAAAUUGAAGAAUAAAUGUGUUUAUAAUGGAGAAGAGGAAUGCAAUUGUAAAAAGUGCUAAUGCAUCAGAAGGAAUAGGAAUUCGGCUAAAGAAUCCUAAAGGAAGAAAAGAGAGGCUCUUGACAAGUUAGGUCCACUCCAGGAUGCCUAUGAAGAAUUGCAGAAAAAAGUUAAAGUGAUUGAAAAUGAAAAUGAGACUCUAAGAUAACUAUUGACAGAGGUGUUUAAACACCCCACUGUCUCAGUGUUAUCACCAGAAUUCAUUGAACCAUUGACAAAGGUUAUUUAAGAUACAGAUCCUGUACAACAUUCAAGUUCAUAUGAAUGUUGACUAAAUAACAUUGUCCACCUAUUAAGUAACAAAUUUGAAUAUCUAUAUGUGUAAUUAUAUGUGGAUAUUUAAUAAACAUAA